AUGUCAGUGUCCUUGGUGGAGGCCGUGGCACCGCAGGUGAAUGCCUUCCGCUCGGCCUUCAAGGAGCUGCUGCCGCUGGAGACCUGCCGCAUCUGGUCGGAGCAGGAGCUUUCCUGCAUCAUCAUGGGCGCCUCCGUCAUGGACGAUAGCUUUUGGAACUUGGAGCACCUCUCAGCCAACAUCAAGGCGAGGCUCGAGUGA